AUGGUGCAGCAAAGUGGGAAGAAGGCAAGUUUUAAUCAAAAGUUGUUAGCCGUACUUGACAUACCCGGCCUAAAGUGUAUAUUUGAUCGCGAGAAACAUCUGCUCGAAAGGUUAUUUUGGUUGCUCAUUAUCAUGGCGGCGAUACGGGGCAUGCUGUUUCUCGGCCAGUAUCAGUACGACCGCUACCGGGCUAACCCGACCGCGAUCCAGAUGGACAAAAACUACCGCGACUGGAUCGGCAUUAUGCCGGGCUUAACGUUCUGCUUUCACGACCGGCUCGACUGGAACCGGGCCUGGGAGUAUCUGGAGCGCAAUCAGCUUACCGGCCACGAAGCCACUCGGGAGGGCUUAGCGGCGAAUGAGACCACCGGGACGUACCGGCGCUACCUUGCCGACUUUGUCCAAACGCUUGUCGGUGUGACGGCCACCGAGCUGGCACGGUAG